UAUUUGUAAUCAGAACGCAACCAAAUAAAGAAAGCUCUCAAACUCAUUCUUGAAGCUUUAACUUUUUAUCUACCAUCUCAUCAACAAAACCCUCAUAUUUUGAUUAACUAAUUCUUUUUUUAAAUGGCUUUGGCUAAUGAGAUAAUGGGUUCUCGUCUGAUCUUUGAGAGAUCAUCAUCACUUGCGUCUCCGUUUCAAUCGCGUUUUUCCAUCAAGAAGAGGACACAGAGAACGCAGUUCUCCAUCAACCCUUUUGAUCCGAAACCUAUGAGAGCUGUUAACUCCAGCGGCGUUGUAGCAGCCAUCAGCGAGGAUUUGGUUAAAACGCUGCGUAUUAGCACUGUCGGUAGAAAACAAGAGAAGGAGGAAGAGGAGGAGAAGUCGGUGAAGUUUAAGGUGAGAGCGGUUGCGACGGUGAGGAACAAGAACAAAGAAGAUUUUAAAGAUACUCUGGUUAAGCAUUUGGAUGCUUUUACUGAUCAAAUCGGUAGAAACGUCGUCUUGGAGCUUAUUAGUACCCAAGUUGAUCCAAAAACGAAUGAGCCAAAGAAGAGUACAGCGGCGGUAUUGAAAGACUGGUCAAAGAAAUCGAAAUUAAAGGCGGAAAGAGUUCAUUACACGGCGGAGUUCACGGUGGAUUCCGCCUUUGGUUCGCCGGGAGCCAUCAUGGUGACCAACAAACACCAAAAAGAGUUCUUCCUUGAGAGCAUCACCAUUGAGGGUUUCGCAUGUGGCCCUGUUCACUUCCCCUGCAACUCUUGGGUCCAAUCCCAAAAAGACCAUCCAUCCAAACGAAUUUUCUUCACUAAUCAGCCUUACUUGCCGAGCGAGACACCGUCCGGUCUAAAAACAUUAAGGGAGAAAGAAUUGGAGAAUCUAAGAGGAAAUGGGAAAGGAGAAAGAAAGUUAUCAGACAGAAUCUACGAUUUUGAUGUCUACAACGACAUAGGAAAUCCGGAUAUAUCACGGGAACUAGCCCGUCCCACAUUUGGCGGUCCUAAAUUUCCUUACCCUAGACGCUGUCGAACCGGCCGGCCUUCCACAGACACCGAUAUGAUGUCUGAGAGGCGAGUGGAGAAACCAUUACCGAUGUAUGUGCCAAAAGAUGAGCAGUUCGAGGAGUCUAAGCAGAACACUUUUGCUGCAUGUAGGCUUAAGGCGGUUUUACAUAACCUUAUACCUUCACUAAAAGCUAGCAUUUUGGCUGAGGACUUCGCUAACUUCGGUGAGAUCGAUAGUCUUUACAAAGAAGGCUUGCUUCUCAAGUUAGGGUUUCAAGAUGAUAUGUUCAAGAAGUUCCCUUUGCCUAAGAUCGUCACUACCCUCCAAAAAUCAAGCGAAGGCUUGCUUAGAUACGACACUCCAAAAAUAGUAUCAAAGGAUAAAUACGCAUGGCUUAGAGAUGACGAGUUCGCACGCCAAGCCAUAGCUGGGAUCAACCCGGUCAACAUAGAACGAGUCACGUCUUAUCCACCGGUCAGCAAUCUUGACCCUGAAAUCUACGGUCCAGGUCUUCACUCCGCUCUCACCGAAGACCACAUCAUCGGUAACCUUGACGGCUUAUCCGUACAACAAGCGUUAGAGACGAACCGUUUGUUUAUGGUGGACUACCAUGACAUAUACUUACCGUUUCUAGAUCGAAUCAACGCGCUUGAAGGACGCAAGGCUUACGCGACUCGAACCAUAUUGUUCUUGACCCGUCUUGGUACACUCAAGCCUAUAGCGAUCGAGCUAAGCCUCCCGUCUCAAUCAAGCUCAAACCAAAAGUCCAAGCGCGUGGUCACACCUCCAGUAGACGCAACCUCCAACUGGAUGUGGCAGCUAGCCAAGGCCCAUGUUGGGUCCAAUGACGCUGGUGUCCACCAGCUUGUGAAUCAUUGGUUACGCACCCAUGCGUGCUUGGAACCGUUUAUAUUAGCUGCUCAUAGACAAUUAAGCGCAAUGCAUCCGAUAUUCAAAUUAUUAGACCCUCACAUGAGGUACACUUUGGAGAUCAAUGCCGUGGCACGACAGACUUUGAUUAGUGCCGACGGUGUGAUUGAGUCAUGCUUCACAGCUGGUCAAUACGGUUUAGAGAUUAGUUCUGCUGCGUAUAAGAACAAAUGGCGGUUCGAUAUGGAAGGUCUCCCUGCUGAUCUCAUCCGAAGAGGAAUGGCUGUUCCAGACCCAACACAACCACAUGGGCUUAAAUUACUUGUCGAAGACUACCCAUACGCCAACGACGGUCUCUUAUUAUGGUCCGCGAUCCAAACCUGGGUCCGAACCUACGUGGAACGUUUUUACCCAGACCCGAAUCUAAUCCAAACCGACAUCGAACUCCAAGCCUGGUACUCCGAGUCAAUCAACGUGGGUCACGCCGAUCACCGCGACGCCGAGUGGUGGCCGAAGCUUUCCACCGUCGAUGAUCUCGUCUCCGUCAUCACCACCAUCAUCUGGCUCGCCUCCGCACAACACGCCGCACUCAACUUCGGACAAUAUCCUUACGGUGGCUACGUCCCAAACCGGCCACCGUUGAUGCGGCGGUUAAUUCCCGACGAGUUAGAUCCCGAGUUCGCGAGUUUUAUCGAAGAUCCUCAAAAGUAUUUUUUCUCGUCGAUACCGAGUUUAUUGCAAACGACGAAAUUUAUGGCGGUGGUUGAUACAUUGUCAACACAUUCACCGGAUGAGGAGUAUAUCGGAGAGAGACAACUACCGUCGAUAUGGACCGGAGAUGCUGAGAUCGUAGAUGCGUUUUAUGGAUUUUCUGCGGAAAUCGGACGGAUAGAGAAGGAGAUUGAGAAGAGGAAUCAUGAUCCUAGCCGUAGGAAUCGGUGUGGCGCAGGAGUUUUACCGUACGAGUUGAUGGCUCCGAGUUCUGAACCAGGUGUUACGUGUAGAGGUGUGCCUAAUAGUGUAUCCAUUUAGAAUUAUUAAAUUUAAGUAUAGAGA